AUGGUCCAGCUCCAGGAGAACACAGCCUCCCUUUCAGAAGAAGGGUGGCCCCCUGAGCCCUCAGGCAUCACUCCCCUCCUCCGGCUGUUAGCCUGGGAAGGGGGCCAGGCCCUGAGCUCAGACCUUGGCGAUUCCAGAGUGUCUGAGGCCCAGCGCCAGCGCCGCCAGGCCGGCCAGACGAGGGGAAGGGGAUGGGGAGGUGGCAGGGCAAGGACUGACAGGCCUCGGAUCCUUCCCCCGCCCCCAGCCUCGGUUUCCCGGCUUUGUCCGGUGGAGAGGAGCGGGACAAGGGGAGGUGUGCGCAGGCCUCCGGGCCCCGCCCGGAGGAAUCUGGUGGGACAGGCUGGCGGGUCCCAGUGCACCCUCGCUCCCCGGGGCAGUAGCAACGACUCUUUAACCAGGAAAAAAAAAAAAAAAAAAAAACCUCUCCCUGGCCCCGGGCCAGCGUCCCAGCCCCCCUCGCCGCCGCCGCCGCGCUCCAGCCAGGGAAAACAACUGCUCACUUCUCCCUGCGUCCUGCCCGCGCGCUCCCUGCUUCCCGGCGGCCGCGGGAGAGGAGCCCGGCCAGGGGGAGGCGCGGACCGGCCGCCGCUCGGCCUUCUUCUCCCCUCGCUCCUCCUCUCCGCCUCCACUCGCUCGGGCCUCCCCGCUCCGGCCUCAGUUCGGGGCCUGGCGGGCUUUCUCCCGGGUGGGGAAGUUUCUGGGCUCCCGCGGUGCAGCCUCCCUUGCCCGCUUGUCCCGGCCGCACCCGCGGUCCGCUCCCUGCCCUCGGCCUCGCCUGCUCUCCCCGGCUGCCCUCUGCACCCCUCUCCCGGGGCGCCCGGCUCUCGCUCCCCCAGCAGCGCACCGGGAUCCCCCAGGUCCCCGAGCCCCCGCCCGCGCGCGCGCCCCUCGGGGUGGUGCGGCCCCGGAUGCCCGGGCCCCUCGGGGCUGCAGGCGGCCUGGCUCCUGCGAUGCCGGGGCGCCGGCGGGGGCGGGGCGCUGGCCCGGGACGGACCUGUCUGA